CGUGUAGUGAAAUGGGAGCACUGCACUUUUUAAGGGAUCCACCACCCCUCUCCCCUACCGUUCCUUUUCUCCACCAUUGAAACACUCUCUGACCCUCACUCGCUCCCUGUCACACACACUACACUCGCAAUUCAUCCGCAGUCACAAGCUCGGCUGCUGCUCCCGCUAACGGUUGAGGCGUUGCUGGUGCACACAGGAAGGGAAGGGAAGGGAGAGCUGCACACAGCUUUGCUCUGGCUCUUGGCUCCCCUGUCCAGCUGUCCUGUCCGUCCAUCAUGGAGGAAACGCCCAGCCCGCAGCUCUAGCCGCCGUCAAUCUCGUCUCGUAUCGGAGUCGAAGGAAGUAAGAGGCGGGAUGGCAUGAAGCGACCUACCAAGAAUGAGAGGCUGGGCAACCCCCGGCACAAGUAGGAGGAAGAACCCGAGCAACCGAGCCACAGGGAGGAGGAGGAGAUGGGCAACUGCGGCACACGGGAGGAGAAUGCCGUCGUCGCUGCGCACGCGCAAGCCUUCCAAGAACGCCAAUGCAGAUAGGAAGCACACCUGCAUGUCAUCAGAUAUAAGUGACCCUUCCACACCUAGGAAAGUUGAAGAUGCCAAGAACAUUUCCAUAUACAACGAUGUGAUUGCCUUCACAUUGUUUGAGCUAGAGACAAUCACAAAGAGCUUCCGUGUUGAUUAUGUUCUUGGCGAAGGAGGAUUUGGGACCGUUUACAAGGGUUACAUAGAUGAAAAUGUCAGGGUUGGGCUGAAGUCACUGCCUGUUGCAGUCAAGGUGCUCAACAAAGAUGGACAUCAAGGGCACAGAGAAUGGCUUACCGAGGUUAACUGCCUGGGGCAGUUGAGGCAUCCAAAUUUGGUGAAGUUGAUCGGAUAUUGCUGCGAAGAUGACCAUCGGCUGCUUGUCUACGAGUUCAUGUUUCGAGGAAGUCUAGAAAACCACUUAUUCCGAAAGACAGCUACGCCAUUGCCCUGGGGUACUAGGAUGUCAAUCGCGCUGGGAGCCGCUAAAGGGCUCGCUUGCCUCCACAACGCUCAAAGGCCCGUCAUCUACAGAGAUUUCAAGACAUCAAACAUUCUGCUGGACUCCGAUUAUACUGCCAAACUGUCUGACUUUGGCCUCGCAAAAGAUGGCCCUGAAGGUGAUCAGACGCAUGUGUCGACACGGGUGAUGGGAACCUACGGUUAUGCUGCCCCUGAAUAUGUGAUGACCGGUCACUUGACUGCUCGGAGUGACGUGUACAGCUUCGGCGUGGUCCUGCUGGAGCUCCUGACGGGGCGCAAGUCGAUCGACAAGUCGCGGCCCAGCAGGGAGCAGAGCCUGGUGGACUGGGCGCUCCCGAAGCUCAACGACAAGAGGAGGCUCCUCCAGAUCAUCGACCCGAGGCUGGAGGGGCAGUACUCGGCCAGAGCCGCUCACAAGUCCUGCAGCCUCGCGUUCUACUGCCUGAGCCAGAACCCCAAGGCCAGGCCGCUCAUGAGCGACGUCGUCGAGACCCUCGCGCCGUUGCAGCAGGGCGGCGGCGGCGGCAGCGACGCGUCCUCCGGCCUUCCUGACUGCAGAGGCCGCCGCAGGCUGACCGGCAACAGCGUCGUCCACUUCAGGGCCAUCCCCAACCCCAAGUGCACGCCUGUUGUCCCGGCUUGCAGAGUGCGGUGAUGUUGCUGCGCUUCGGUUGAAGCUGCUGGGAUAGGUUCAGGUGUGUACUGUGACCAUGGGUGGUGGUGCGUUUUGAUGAUCUGCAUGUUGGAUUAAUGUGGGCUUGGCCCAAAUUAAUAUUCAAUAAUAGUCAAUGCUAAUGGCCCACUUUAAUGCUA